UUGACAUUUUCUGUGACAAAAGAAAAGACGGAGAGUUUACCUUCUUGCGUUCUAUAAGAAUAAAAGGCGAUAAAGUAAUUAAAUUACUUCCAAAUAAUUGUUGAGCUAGUGCGAAACUGGUAAUUAGACGGAAAAUGGAUAAACCAACUGUUACCGAUCAACCUCCUCCAUACUACGCGACCGUACCACCAGGUCCACAGCCGUAUCCACAACCUCAGGCGUAUCCUCAACCACAUGCAUAUCCUCAACCGAAUCCGCAGCCAGCUCCAGGGGCUUUCCCGCCACCACCACCAGGGUACACCCCAUAUGGAACAACACCACAGGAUCCGACUGCAGCAUUUGUCCCCAACUAUGGGGCGACACAUACAAAUAUAAUAAUUCCACCACCGAUUAUAGCUGUUGGGGCUUGCCCAGCUUGCAGAGUCGGUAUACUUGAAGAUGACUUCACUUGUUUGGGUAUUUUAUGCGCUAUCCUUUUCUUCCCAUUAGGAAUUUUGUGCUGUCUCGCUCUCAAGAAUAGAAGAUGCUCUAACUGCGGCGCCAUGUUUGGUUAGGAGGGUUAUUUAUGGGAUUCCACACUUGAGCAAUCUGGGUUUACCGUCCACGUUUUUUAUGUUUUCUUAUGUGGUAAGGAUUGAAAACAAUUAAUAUGUAUCACAAUAUCAGCCUUUUCUAUUCGGAUUCGUAAAAUAAUAUAACAGUAAGAUCAGCUAAUAAAAAAAUGUACAAUAAAUGUUUCUACCAAAAAUGUGUAAAGAUGCAAAAAAAUGUGUUGAUUUGACCAUAAUUCGAUCAUUAUAACGGGGAAAACAUUAACCUGACACAUAGUUUUUAUAUGAAUUAUGGUAGAAAUUUUAUUAUUUUAUAAGGUUCAAAAUUUUUUUACUUAAUACAUAUUAGACUGAAAUUUAAUUCAUCUUUUUAAAUCAGUUCAAUUAAUAUAAUUUUUUUUUGUUUGUACAAAACUUUGACAUUGAUAUUUUCAAUAUUAUAUCUAUUUCUACCUUAUUUUAUCUAAUACAUAUCUAAUGUGUGGAAUGUGUACAUCACAAAUGACUAGGUGUAGAGAAUUGUCGGCCUUUUCAAUUGUUUUUAUAAAGUGGCAGGUAGAAUGCUGCUAUAUAAAGUCUUUUUCAUGAAAGAAGUCCCCCAGACGUGGCUCUAAUGUCUUAAUGACGCUCAUUAUCAUUUGGUAAUCGCGGUCUUAAUGUUAUUUGUGUAAGGCGCUGUCAAUUCUAGUUCAGGUUUUAGCCGCAGGACUUCUUUCAUGAAAAGGGCUUUACCAUAAAAUUUUAGCUUACCGAAUCUUAGCCUUAUACCAAAUUAUUUUCUAUUAUAAAACAAUUUGACUGCAAAUAUUUUUGUCAAUAAAAGCAUUUUUCUUUUCCAAAAAAAAACAAUGUACCCACAGUUUUAUACAGAAAAUAAAUUUAUUAAUGUUUGACGUUAAUUUAAUUUAUUUAAGAAGUGCCAUAGACAAACAUUAAGUGACAGUAAUUUAUCAUAAUGUGACUGAACUACAAUUUUAAUCACAAAUAGUAUAAAAACAUUAAAUAUCAAAACCAUAAUAAUUAUCCAUUACAGAACUGCCAGUGUUGUGAAAUCUAAUUUCAGUAAUAAAGUUUUAAUUUUGACAAGCAAGUAGCAAUAACUGUUACAUAAAUUACAAAUUAUUAAAUUAUAGCAUUCCGAAUACACUGCAGGCACCUAAUAUAUUGUCUAUGAAAACGAGUAUAGUGCGUGCAAAUUAAGUUUGCGCUUGGCCAAUACAACUAAUAAAGUACCGACGUGUCGUCUCUCUGUCAAUCUCUAGGUGAAUGAAAGAGAUCAGUAAAGCUAGCAAUAUCAAGUACGCCGCCAGUCGCACGCAGAUUUAUUUUACACGCACUAAAAAGCAUCUGAAAAUGUCAUCUUGCGUUUAUUCAUAGACAAUACUCGAGCAUAAUGUGUUGAGGUGCCACAUAGAAACAAUUUAGACUCAUUUAAGCCUCAAUAGCUCAAUGGUAAGAGCGGUCGGACUCAUCAGCGAAGGAGUGGUGGUUCGAUCCUCGCCUCGUUAGUUGUCGUACCCACUCCUAAUACAGUCUUUCCCGACUAGUUGGAGGGGAUUGGGAAUAUUGGUUAUAUUAAAAAUAUAUGACAAAUAUUCUUUUUUAAAUAAAAAAUAACUAUCAGACUGGUUAAAGGCUGUCCUUUUCGUCCAUUUCUAAAUAUGGUUUACCUGUAAAUCAAUUAUUGAGAUCUGCGUACGGAAUCAGCAUUAUUGAAAUUGUUUUUAAUACAUUGACCAGGGUCUGCUGGAAAUACCCAGGUCAAAAUGGUAAAAAAAAAACUGAUGGUUAUGAGGCAACAAGAUCUAAAAGAUUGAUCUAAAAGCACUAACUGAACCUUAAGGUUUUCUAAAUUGUAAAUUUCAAUUUUACCUAUAAAAUUGCUGUUGAAACUGUUGAAUAAUAAGAUGCUAUGGGGGUAAUUACCAAAAUUGGGAUAUUUCGAAAUUUGAAAAUAUCUUUUAAACCCGUCAUUUCGUUCUUACUAUGAUAUUAAGUCUUGGCUCAUUUUAUAUUUUUGCUAAUUUCGGUAAGUAGAUGUAUCUCUUUUAUCUAAAUUACCCCAAAGCAAAUAAAUUUCCAAAAACUUUUAAGUACUAACUGGGUCAAAAUAAAAUCCAAUGAAUUUUUGGUACUGUCUUCAAGUACAGUAAAUAUUGGGCAUUAAGAACUAUGAAUUUAUAAAUUGUGUACAACUAUUGCAAAUAUGGAUCCAGGAAUAAAAUAUUUAUUCAUGACCUUACUGAUUGAACGUUGUGUGUGUGAUAUUCCUAGAGAGUCGUAAAAAAUGAUGAACUUAGCGAAGUUGCAUCCAAUAUUUUUUAUCUGGAAGAUGGCUUGAAAGAAAACGCCCAUCGGUCAUGGUUCGCCACGUUCAUAAUUUUAUCUGACUCUCCAUAAAACAAAGUUUUGCAGUUUGGUCAUGAAUGAAUAUUUUUUCCUUAGCCCAAGGACUAUUACUGUCAAUUUUAGCAUUAAAAAUUUUGAGAACUUUGUGUAACGAAUUAUAGAUAUUGUAUUUUCGGAAGACUGUUGGUUUUGGACGUAGUAAAGUGACAGCGCGAACGCGAUUGUGUGUAAACUAAGGGAACGUCAACACAGCAGAAACGCAUUAUUUUUCUCUCAUAUAUUUAUUACUUGCUCUUUUAAAUUUUUAUUAACAAUGUUAAUAAAAUACAAAUACUAUUAAAAUUUAUAAAAAAAAAUUCAAACCUCCUGCUGUGUGGGCUCCAGAGUAAGAAACCUCCUCACAAUACGCGCCAUCUCAAGAAUCACUGCCUUCUGUAUCCGACCCUUGAUCCAGCAGCUAAGCGAAAGCUUAGGGUGUUGGUCGAAGCUUUUAUUAUUUAGAGUGAUACAAGUGGGAGACAUAAAAACCGUUGCUUAGCAACCAUUUACAGAUAAAUGGUAAUUUGCAAACGCGUUUCUGUUUUGCUAACGCUCCUUCGGUUUCACACAACAAGGCUCACCUACAGCUUACCACAACAACUACAGCCGAACUGUCUUCCGAUAAAAGAAUAUCUACAUACUUAAAAUGUUAUGUAUGUACUUUUCAAAAAACUUAUGACUACUACCUACCUUGGUUAUUUUGGAUAUUUUUAAAUUUUAAUUUGGGUUUGAAGCAUAAUUAUUAUGAAUAUUUAAUAUAAAUUUUACUACUAUAGUAAUAUAAAAUUUAUGGAUAUUAUUAUGUUUAAUGCAAGAUAAGAUCGGUGUUUUGGAAAACCAUGAACAUGUUGGAUUGAUUUUUUGAGCUAUAUUAUAUUAAUUAAAUUCUUAUCUUUUUAAAUUAUGACUAAUAUGUCUUAUUAUAUACAAACCAUCCUCAUAAAACAGAAUUUAAAAAAAUGGGACAUACUUGUUAUUUUUCCAAAACGCCCUUCAGUUGUUAGCUUAAAGUUAAGUUAAUUUGUGAUAUUCUUAAUUAAAGAGAUCCUAGACGGUUUAGAAAGUUGCCGAUUAUAUUUUUAUGCGUAUCGAUUAUAUAUCGAUCAUAUAGCAAACAUCAAAAUUAUGUUUUCAUGUAUUAAAUAUGCAUACUUGAUACUAGUUUUGCACUGAAAUAUUAAAUAGGCAUCAGCACACUUUUAAUUUUAGGUUAAAACCAUAGCUUGGAAUGGGGAUGAUGACUAGGUUUGAAUAUAUUGAUUUUUAUGAUACAUUCGGGUAAAUAAGGUCAAUGUUAACUAAUUUAUACAUAAAAAGCAAAGAUUGACUGGAUAUUUGCAAAAUAAAUAAGAUUAUAAAAUUUCAAAAUCGACUAAAAAUAUUUUAUCGUAAUUAGAUGAAAAUUCAUACAUUUUUAGCUUCCUUACAUUAAACGUGUCAUUUUACAAUAGAUAAACUAUAAACAUAAACGCAGAAAUAACAAAGAUAUUAGUAAUUUUGUAUGGGGCGUUUUUCAGGGAUCCGCGCCAGCGCCGGAAAUCUGACCCUUUAAAUACCUGUAGCUCCGAAAGUAAUGAUCGCAGAUACCCUGUUACUUUUACAAAAUUGCUUUACUAUUAGCGUACUCUUAAUUUAUAUACAAUUUAAAAAACUGUCAUCAUCCCUAUUCCUGAAAUCUAGGCCGUUUAUGACCAUUUUUCCCGACUACAGAGAAACAAAGGGAAUGUCACGUAGUCAACUCCAAAAGUUAAAAAUUCUAACUUGCUAGACAUAUACCAAAUGAUAUACCUUUUAUCAUAAAACACAAACUGUGUCAAUUAUAAAUAUGUAAACUCCCUUGGCUUGUUUGGAACUUUUUAGUUUAACCGUAGAAGGGAUAUUGUUUAAUAUUUUUUUUAGGCUAUUACAUAUUAUUUCCAUGUCUAUAAUAAUUAGUUAUAUUUUUGUGAUACAAUCUGAUAAAUCUUCCUCAUAAUUAUCUGUUUUUAAAAUAAUAAAUUUAAGUACAGUAAACAAGUGUUUAUUGGAGUUUACUCCUUAAGAAUCGAUUUUUCAUUUAUAGCCCCCGGUAUGAAAAAAAUACAGUAAAAUUUAAUGAACGUAUGACAGCUUUACGUUUUUUGUGCGCAACCUAUUCUGCGCACCUUUCACCUUUAGACAGUCGAUCUGUAAGAGUAAACUCCAUUCGUGCGUCGGAGCUGAGACACUUUUUUUAUUAUUUUGACAAUAUAAUAUGCCGUUAUUAAUACAGUGCCAUAACACUAUUUAAAAAGAAACACAAUUUUUGAGACAGCUUGAAAUUGAAUUAUUAAUUAAUGCAAAUUUUAGAGGAUACAAAGGUUGUUUCACAAAUUAAAAACAAAAACGAUGAGUGAUCAGACAGUUACGCGCGAUCAGCGGUAUAUACUCAGAGGCACAAUUAUCCGCCCUCUUUAAUAUGACGCGAGUGUAAUAUAGUGGACGGAUAAUUGUGCCUCUGAGUAUAUUUCGUCUAGCCAUGUAUCCAACAAUACGAGACUUUGAUGUUAUUGUACUUGGAAGUUGGACACCGAAUUUAAACGGACAUUUGGGAAUACACUACCUUAAUAUAGGUGCAGUAGGUCCAUUUUACUCUGAAAAAUGGACCUAAUACUAUACUAUACUAUAGUAUGCUACAUAGUACUAUAAGUACUGUUUUUAUUUUUAUUAUUCUUCAUUGAUAAUUAAUAAAUUGUUACUUAUUCAAGUACUUGGUUAUUUUUUCAUGUUAAAGAUACUAUAAUGUAAUGAUUAAAUAAUAAUUAAGUGGCCAAAUGCCUUUGUAAUUAUUUUAAGGAAGAUGUUUAUUAUAUUCAUAUGUACCUAUUAUACCUAGAUAAUAUGUAUAGAGUUACAUAAAGUAUCUAUCAGAGGUUUAGGUAACAUUUAUACUAUAAAUUUGUCAAAUAAAUUUUAAUUAAAUA